AUGAGUUUUUUUACCUUCUCGGAUGAGUCGCCGAUACGCAAGGUAGAUUCUUCAGAUGACUUCGGGACUGGCCUCGAAGUUGCCGCCAUUGCAGCAUUGUUGACCUCCACCAACCGACCAGAUAGGUUCAACGCCUUCAAAGAUACGAUCCCAAACCAAGAAGUAUCAUCGGAGAUUCUGUAUCCAGGAGCUUCCUUGGAUACACCAAUCCCUCAAGCUUACAAGCUGCACCGAAGAUCGAACAUUUCAGAGAGAUCUUGGAGGUUAAGGUAUAAGGGUGUGAACACUGCCACUAUCGAGAACGAGUAG